UGUAAAGUCUCGCGAGAUUCCUUGAGAGCGUCUGUGUUUCCUAGCAACCAACAGUGUUAGUAAUGGCGGAUGAUAAAGAUUCAGCAGACGGGUUGCUAUCAGAGCUCCACAGGAGGAUCCGAGCUGCGUUUCAUGUGUUUGAUCACGACUCUAAUCAGACUGUAGACGUCAGAGAAGUCGGAACCAUCAUCAGAUCCCUGGGCUGUUUCCCUACGGAGGCGGAGCUUCAUGACAUCAUCGCUGAGAUUGAGGAGGAAGAAGCGAGCGGGUUUAUUCGGUUUGAGAAGUUCCUCCCCAUCAUGACCAAAAUCCUCAUGGAGCACAAGUUUCGUCCCGUUCCUGAAGAUUUACUGCUGCAGGCCUUCGAGGUUCUGGAUCAGCAGCAGAGAGGACAUCUGGAACCAGAGGAGCUCACCAAGUACCUCACACAGCAGGGAGAACCCUUCACUCAGGAGGAGAUGGAGGAGAUGCUCUCGGCUGCUCUGGACCCUGAUAAACAUCUCAUCUUCUACAGAGACUUUGUGAGCAUGAUGGUUGUUGAUGAGACGCAGCGCUGAUAAAAAAAUAAAAACCUCCUGAAAUAAAA